AUGUCUUCUAUAUUUUUUAUUACCGUACGACCGGGUGUGCAGUUCCAGGUGUCGAAGGUCUCGGCCACGCCCUACACCGAUGCGACGAACUGCAAGAAGAGCUCCAAUCACAUCAAGCGUCCGAUGAACGCCUUCAUGGUGUGGAGCCAAAUGGAGCGCAGGAAAAUCUGCGAGCACCAGCCGGACAUGCACAACGCCGAGAUCUCCAAGCAGCUGGGCUCCCGGUGGCGGCAGUUGAGCGAGGAGGAGAAGCAGCCGUUCGUGCAGGAGGCUGAGCGAUUGCGGGUGAUGCACAUGCAGGAGUACCCCGACUACAAAUACAAACCCCGGAAGAAGCCGAAGAAGAACCCAGAUGGCACUCUGCAGCAGCCCGGCCAACAGACAACCCCGCCAAGCCCACAUCCCAAGGGCCAGAGGGCAGGCCAGAAGCGCCCGAUUGGAGGAGCGUCUGGGGGUGCCAGUGAAGCGCCAUUCCCCUCCAAAGCUAUGAAGGAGCCCCGGUACGCGUGCUCGUUCCCGUCGCCGUCCGAAUUCGGCCAGGCGCCGCUGACGCCAGAAUCCGGAUUCUACGACGACUACUACCCGAACGGCUCGUUCCCCACCCCGCCCAACCAUCUGCAUCUACACAGCAUGGUGGGU